AUGACCAUCGCGCCACCCGAUAAUCACCGGGAGGAUGUCUCCCACCGCUAUUAUAUCCCGCAUCACGCUGUCGUACGAGACAGCAGUGCGACAACGCGCUUACGCGUUGUUUUCAACGCGUCGUGCCGAACCUCGGACGAAACGUCCCUAAACGACCACUUGCUGGUCGGGCCUAAGCUCCAGCUCAAUCCCGUCACAGUGCUAAUGCGAUGGCGUCAACAUCGCUAUGUCUACACUGCCGACAUCGCAAAGAUGUAUCGACAGAUACUAGUCGAUCAACGCAAUGUUGACUACCAGAGGAUUCUGUGGCGCGAGUCUCCGGAACAACCAGUCGAUGAGUAUCAAUUACUCACCGUUACCUACGGCACCGCCUCCGCUCCUUACCUCGCUCUCCGUGUGGUGCGACAGUUAGCGCAAGACGAAGGCGCCUCGUUCCCGCUCGCGGUACCGGUCUUCCUGUCGCAACUUUACGUCGACGACAGCGUGUUCGGCGCCGAUGAUAAAAUUCUCGCGCGCCAGACUCGCGAUCAACUUGUCGCUUUAUUAUCAAAGGGCGGUUUUCGCUUGAGAAAGUGGGUGAGCAAUUGCGAGGAUCUUCUGUCGGAUAUUGAUCCGUCCGAUCACGGCCUGGCCUGUUCGAAAGAUCUACACGACGAUGAGCGACUGAACGUGCUAGGUCUCACGUGGGACCCGGGUCGCGAUAUCUUUCAAGUUAAAGUUUCUCUCCCGGUACAUGUCUCGAAAACGAAACGCGAGAUCUUAUCGACCAUCGCAAGAUUGUUUGAUCCGCUUGGUUGGAUCACCCCCAUCGUGAUUACCGCGAAAAUCUUCCUGCAAACCUUGUGGCAACUAAAAUGCGAUUGGGACGACGACAUUCUCGUUGAUUACGCAACCGCCUGGGAACGGUAUCAUUCUAAAUUAUCGUGCCUUCACCAACUCGAAAUCGCGCGCUGGACGCGAUCCGGCUCUCAUACCUUGAAAGCUGAGUUACACAGCUUCUCAAACGCCUCUACGAAAGCCUACGCGGCGGUAGUCUACCUCCGUAACAUUCACAUCGACGGAUCGAUCGAUGUUUGCUUGCUCGCCGCGAAGUCAAAGGUCGCCCCCUUCAAAACACUAAGCGUUCCGCGUCUUGAGCUGGCCGCUGCACAUCUCUCGCGUCUCGUGCAGUUCGUUCGAACGACGCUUCAACUGCCGAACAUCGAGACAUAUUGUUAG